CGGCUAUCACGAAUCGAAUAAGAGUAAUUUAGUAUUCUAUCCUGCCCAUAAUUAUCAUUAUUAAAUUCCACUUUCGAGUGCCAAAAGGCAUUAGAGAAAAAGUGAGCCUUUGAAUUUCAUUAUCAAGAAUUAUUUUCUAUCUUUCGUAGCAAUCGCGUUAUCAUUCGCUCGAUUUUAUCAAGCAAGUUUUUAAUAAAAUAUUGUAAAAUUGAUUUUUCGAAAAAUUGCAAUAUAUGUGUUUUAAUCGCGCCGCGUUAGAUACGCACAAAAGCUCCAUCUCUUCUUCCUCGUAUUUUGCCUCAUCGAGAAGCAAAAUUUGCGCGAAAUCGUUACUCCAGGAGAUGAUGCUUCAGCAUGAAAUACACGUCGAAUUUUCGAGGAAUGCGAGUAUGAAAUCACGCUGGUCUUUCGUAUCCGAAAAAAAAGGUACGAACUAAGACAAUACGAAGAAUUUUUCUGGUUGUCCUUCCUGAUGUGUCUGUCGUGACAUCGAUACUUUCCUGAUCUCCGCGGGAUAUUUCUCAACUUUUUCUAUUGGACCCAUAGCCGACACAUUCGGAACAGCAAGAAGAGCAAGAAGGUGAGAAAAAUGGCAGCCGGAUACGACGAUUGUUAUGACUCUUCCUGGCAUCUGAUUCCGCCGGAUUACGUCAGCAACGAGGAGGAUUACAGGCUGCUAGAAAGUAUGAAAAUGCCGGCUAGGACAUCCGGUUUUGCCAUUAGCGAUAUUUUGGAAUUAAACGAUGCCAAGCCGUCGCAAGAAGAAACAGACGCGCAAGGUGCUACGACGGUUCUGCCAACGGCAAGCGACGUGCCCUUAUCAUAUCAACAAUUUUUGGAGCAUACGACCGCCAUGCUGCAACCGGCUAUGCAUGCUAAUCUGAAUAGGAAUACGUUGCCGCCACCCCCGCCUGGAUUAUUAGGUUGGCCAGCUGGACCAGCACUACCGACAGCGUUAUCUCAACCCUUGGUGGAAGAGGUGAAUGUUCUCCAACAACCGGACUCGACGAGCCCUGCGAUCUCGGAUAUGUCGUUCCCGUCGCAGCAGGAGAACAGUCACGAGUCGUCCAAGGACGAAGAGUCGCAGGACUUCGAGGACGAACAGCAGGUCGGCAACGAGACGGCGCAGCCUCAUGAGACCGAGCACAAGAAGCGAAAGCGACGCGUCCUGUUCUCCAAGGCGCAGACCUACGAGUUGGAACGACGUUUCCGUCAGCAGCGUUACUUAAGUGCACCCGAGCGCGAGCAUUUGGCCUCCAUCAUUCGUCUCACGCCUACCCAGGUGAAGAUCUGGUUCCAGAAUCACAGGUACAAGACGAAGAGAGCGGCGAGCGAGCGCGUUGAGGCCAGUGGCAGCGGAUGUUCGCCCAGGCGGGUCGCCGUACCAGUGCUGGUGAGAGAUGGUAAACCCUGUCAGUCCAAGCUGAUGGAGCCCGCGACUUAUCCCGGAAGCGGCCAACUCCCCAUGGCACCGUACAAAUAUUGGUGGUAGAAAAGAUCGAGUUAGGGGGUUGAAGAAAAGAGAAACGAUCCGCGCGGUGAAUGAUUGCGCGAAUCAUCGGCGAUAAAGACGCUGCUGUGAUAAGAUGUGAAAUAUAAUUGACGGACGUGUGAGAAAUUCGAGAUGGAAAAAUUUCCACCAAUGUUGAGCGUGAAGAGAGCACGAAAAUUCAUGAUGAUGCACCGUAUAGUGUGUACAAUAAUUAAGUGUUAAUGAUUACAGAUUAACUGGAUAUUGUCGAAAAUUCAUUCGGGAAGACAAAGAGUUGAAUAAACGGACAUGAAGAGUUAUAAUAUAAUGGAGAGUAAAGAUCUCUCUAAAUUAAUUGAAAAGAGAAAGAUUGAUGGAAGAAAAAUUUUAAAGCAUCGGUUUUUUCAACUCUAUAUAUGUUUUUCGAUUUCUAGUGAAUAAUUGAUGCAUAUCUAUUCGAACUCUCCUCAUGCAAUUCAAAUGUGCGGCGAAAUUAAAGGGACACAUAGCAACAAUAACAUAAAAAACUAAGUCCACUUACGAAUUAUAAAAAGCGUGACCAGCUGACAACCGAAUAAAUUUAACUAUCGCGUGUACUUCAAACUUCAGAAAAUAUAACACUUCGAAUAAAGCACGAUGUUUUCUAACAUUUCAUAAAAUACACGUGUUCAAUGAUACUGACUUGUUAGGAAAAUGAAAAUAUUUAAAACAAUUUAAUACCUUUUUAAAGGAAAGAUUAUGAUCGAAAUUUGAUGCGGAACAUUGUUGUUUUAUGACAGCAAUAAAUACUCGUCGGAGUUUAAGUCGGAGUAUCUAUUCGUGCGAUGAAAAAUGUCCACAAAAACUUUAGCAAAUGAAAAUUACAAACACAAAAAUAUAGACGAUAUAAUGGAUCUAUCAUAUAAAGCAUAGAAAGAAGCUAAAAUUAAUAAUAUGGGACAAAUAUUCUUAAGAUAUGUCGCGAACAAAUCUUAAUAUUUCAGAAGACAAGCAAAUAUCACGAUAUAAUAUUUCAUAAAAUUACUUACGUAGAACCUAUUGCGUAUAAACGAAUAUUUAUCUAAAAAAUAAAAUGUCGAUAUCGACAAAGGAAUGAUAAAACCUGAAUGUUCAAAAUGCAAGUAAGUGUGGAAGAUUAAUAAUGAAAAUGUAAAGUAGUUUAACGAAAGUAUAGGUAAUUAAAAAACUGCGAGUCCCUCGCUCGCAAUUCUUCAGUUUCUUGAAUUAAAAUAAACUGAAGUCCAGUGUGCUGCAAAAGUUCUUGUGGCUAGUGUUGAUAUUCAUAAAAAAAUUGAAGACAGUGCGAAUACCGUCGAAAACCAAAGAUCGCUUUCGCGUACGAGCUAAUUUCGCGUAUGAAUUAGAGCUUGACGUGAAUAAGUAAAUUAAUGAUAGAUAUAAAAAAAUGUGUAGAAAAGAGAUAAUUCUCAUUAAAUCGAUGUCGCGUUCUUACGAGAUAAGGUAUUUGUACAAACUUGUUACCUAAUAAUAUUCCGAUGACUUACGUAGAGUUCAAAUUUAGUCCUUAGAACGUGUGUAGGUAUGAAUAUCGUAAAUGCAAUUCGAUUUAAUCCUGAAGUGCACGAUGUCGUCUAACUACCACAUAAUUAAAUUCAUGCACAUUUAAUGUCUCUUUUCGAAUUUUUCGAUAAUAUGUCACAGGAGAAUGAAUUACUGCCAAUGAAUUAAAGUCGAAUUCAUGAUUCAAUUAUGUAUGUAUGUAUAUGUGUGUGUAUAAGAAGUAGCAUGCAGCAAGAUCAUCAAUCUUGAAAUUGAAUAAAUAGAACAAUAUUCAGAAAUACUAAAUUUCGGAAUUUAAAAAUUGUUUUGUAUGUGCAAAAAUUUUUUAAAGUGAUAAUUUCUAAAUUAAGACAAAUCAAGACAAUGUUCAGAAAUACAACCUUUUUUAAAAAUAUAAAAUAAAUAUAAGAUAAAAUCAUCAAUACAAUCUCGAAAUCAAGUGAGUCAGUCCAAUUAAUUAAUUCUAGAUAUAAUUCUGCACAUAUUUUUCUCGUGUUCUUCAUUGGAAGAUCCACGAUAUAUGAUGUGUUUAAUAGAUUUUCAAAAAAUUCUACAUUCGCAAGAUAGAUAUUAUAUAUAACUACGCGUGGUUCUAUUCUCGAUUAACUGGUGCGACAUUUUCGUUUCUCGCGAUAGAUUUUGCGCGGAAGAAGAAAUAAGUGACCAGUUUGGAGGACACAUUUAUUUGAAUACAUAUGUCAUCCUCGUAGCGUAAAAUUGAAUAUCUUCAUCGGAAUUAAAUGUAGUUUUUCUUAAUAAUUUCCUCGUGUAUGUACGCGAUUUGAGAGAGUUAAUUAGAUGAGAAAAACUUGCUACGAGAGCGAAAUGCUGAUUUCGUUGAUAUUAACAUAGAUUUUGUAAAUUGUUAUCUUAAACAUAAAUUCUUUAUCUUAAAAUAGUACAUCGAUAAUAUAUGUGUAUUAUAUGCUGAUCAUGUAGCAUAAUUAUUAUGAUGUUUGAUGUCAUAAUAAAUCGAGAAAUAGAAUGCAAGAUCAUGAUACUGUGAGCAAUCGCAAAAAUAUAUUGCACAGUGUUCCUUUCGUCCUUAAUUAAUUAUAUAUAAAAUGUAUAUAUGUACAUUGUGUAUGAUACGUAUAGUAAACUAAUAUAUCAGAAUCGUAUUUAAUAAAU